GUGUUUUGAUGACAGUUCGGUCGGCAUCGGGCAUCCCUAAAAUAUUGAGUGCUUAGAUCGCUGUGCUUGUCGUAUUUCUUUUUUCGUAGAUGGUUUAAAUAGUUAAUUUUCCACAAAUAAAUAUUAGUACAGCAAUAAUUUAUUAGCUUAAACUUAAAUAUUAAUUAUAAUUUAGUGUCGUAGUUAUUAAAUGCCAUAAAUAUGGCGCAUUUGCAAUACAUGCCCGGGGAUCCGCGUCUUGUCGAUCAACUCGUAUAUGAAUUAAAAUCGAAGGGUAUAUUUGAUCAGUUCCGUAAGGACUGCAUAGCGGAUGUGGACACUCGUCCAGCGUACCAGAACUUAAGGCAGCGUGUUGAGAACUCCGUAUCCUCAUUCCUGUCCCGCCAGUGCUGGAAACCAGACCUCAACAAGAACCAGCUUCGCGAGAAGCUUAGAAAACAUAUCUUGGAUGGUAACUACCUAGAACAGGGAGUAGAAAGAAUUGUCGAUCAGGUGGUAAAUCCAAAAGUCGCGUCAGUAUUUAUUCCACAAGUAGAAGACCUAGUAUACAACUACUUAGGCGUGCCUAGAAAGAAAUCAACUGCAGAGACAUCUAACGGAAAAGUAGGCGCAGAUGAUCUCCUACCGACAGAUUUGGAGGCAGUUAGCCCUGGCUCCGUCAAAAGCAACGAUGACAAGUUUGAAGAGAUGGACGGAGAUCUUGAAGAGCAUAAGAUGGAAGUAGACAAUGUAAAGGAUGAAGAGAAACCUUCCGUUUCAGAUAUAGAGAAACCCAAAGUUGAAAGCGAAACUCAAAACAAUGUCAUUGAACUCACAAACGAUUCUGAUAUGGACCUUGAUAAGUCUCAUGACGAUAUAAAACUAGAAAAUAUUCCGCCUCCUGAUAACAGUCCGCCGAAGGUAGAAAAUGAAAAUAUACAACUUGAGAAAAUUGAACUUCCGAAAGAACCGAACACAGUUUUGGAAGCACCCCAUCCUGAUGAAAUACCGCUUCCAAAAGAUGAUAAGGAUCAUUUCUUCAAACCUGUAGGUGUUAAUAGUGAUGAUGAUUCAAGCAGCGAUUCGUCCUUGCGAAGGAACAUGUCUCCAUUAACUCCAAUUAGAAAUUACAAUAAUGAAAAUUCUUGCGAUGCCCAACAGGCUUUCGAGAAUGAUUCGGACAGCAAAAGUAACGAUGUUAAAAAGGAACCAAGUUCGUUUAGGUUCGCUAUUGAAGCUAAAUCCCCAGAACAGAAUAGCUUGGAAGCAAAACCAGAGAAGAAGGAUAGUGAGCAAGCAAACUUGGCGUAUCAGUUCAACAAUCAAGUGAAUAUUAACACGACACACACCUUCAAUACGCCGAUGUAUGACGACAGUUCAAACAGCAACAAUUUACAAAUAGAUUAUGAAAGUGAUGUUAACAGCAAAAUUAACGCAGAGAAAGUACCUGAAGCUAACCAGAACUCAGAGGACAAAAGAGAUAAGAAGAGUGACGAUCGGAAAAGUAGUCACAAGAGCUCCCACAGGUCCAGGGAUUCACACAGACAUUCAAGUAGCAAAGACAAAAGUAGGUCAGAAUCUAAACAAUCUUCGUCUAGAGACAGUAGCAGGCAUGACAAGAAACCAAAAGAUGAUCACAGCAAAUCUAAAUCCAGUCACAAGGAGAGGGAGAAGUCGAGAGACAGAUCUGACAAGAAGGAUAGUAGGGACUCUUCUAAACACAGGAGCUCUACACACAAAAGCAGCUCUAGCCACAGAGACUCGAAAUCUCAUCGCAGCUCAAGCUCAAGCCAGAAACACUCGAGCGACAAAAAAUCGAGCGAUGACAAAAAAUCUUCGGAUGAUAAAAAAUCUGAUGAAAAGAAAUCUUCGUCUUCCUCGACUCAUAAAUCCGAAAGGAGUUCCGAGAAAAGUUCUGACAGGAGUUCUAGGGAUAAAAGAGAUUCGAAAUCCAGCUCCCAUCGUUCAGACAAAGAUAAGAAGAGUAGCAGCAAGAGCAAACAUGAUGAGAAAGAUAAGAAAAAGGAAAAGAAAGAUAUUGACGACCAUUACAGUGUCUCAGGUAGAGGCAACCACUCGAGGCGCUCAACGGACAGAGAUUCUAAUGACGGCAGCUCAUCCUCCAAGGGAUCUCAGAAUCAAUCUGGUUCAAAAACAGCAGAAAAUAAGAAAGAAACAAAGAGCUCUAGCUCCAAAUCAGAUAAUACUUCAACUAGCGGAGAAUCUAACAGCCCCAGUGACAAGGAACAUGUAAUAACUACGGCCAGUGAUGUAAAAAAUAACCAAAAGCCCAUCAGAGUUGAAAAUCAUUUAGAGAACCCUAUCACAAGUCCCCCAAGAUUACCUUUUGUACCAGAUGUGACGUUAAAAAAGCCAAAAUUCGCAGCCAACCUGGAAGAAGCUAAACGGAUGAUGAAAAUGAGGAAGUUUUUAGAUGAAGAACAGAAGAGAAUGAACCAAGAAGCUGCAUUACUGCUUGAAUUUCAGGCUAACGUAAGGCCUAGUUUGAGUCAAGUGUAUUCAAGUAUUCCUGGACCUGAACUAGAAUUCGCUUGCGUGGGCAAUGAAGUUAACAGUAUUGUGCAAACUGAAAUAAGCAAAACUGAAUCUGUUGUGGAAGAACCUGUAGAGUCUGAAGAGUUAGUAGAGACUAUGGAAACUGUAGAGAUGGUUACUGAACAUGAGACCGAAGUCGAAGAAAUAAAUACAGAAGAUAAAAGCAAAGUUUCCAGUGAAAUCAUGGACCUUGAAAACACACAGACAAAUGACACGGAAAUGUUUGAUGAAGCCGAAGCAAAGGCAGCUGCAGACAAAAAUGAGACUUACAACGAAAACAAACCAUUUUCUCAGCUCAUGGAAGAAAUAUCAGAAUACAGUAAAGCUUCAGAGAAAAGUAAGAAAGACGCGUUAGGUAAUUUAGUUGAAGAUGAAAAUAAGAAGAGGACAGAAUUCUUCGAAGUCACUAUUAUAACGGAAGAACUAUCGGAAACUGAUGAACCAGAAAAUACGUUCACAGCAGAUUCAGAGCCAGAAACAGUAAUUAAAGAAGAACCAACAAUAUCAGAGGAAAUAUCGAAGGAGGCUCAAUCUCCCGAGUCUCCUAAACCUGAUAUAGUUCGCACAGUUACACCAGACGAAGAAAACUUACAAUACUUCGCUGAACAUGAAAAAUUCGAGGCAGAAUUAAAGAGACACCAAUACAGCGACUUCCUAAAAGCAUACAUGGAAAGAAACAUAGUUUCCGACAAAAUCCACAUCAUAAACUGCGAUUCAUAUGAAGAGAAUAUAAUAAAAGAAGUAUGCGCGAACUUUGGAAACUUUGAAGUGAUAAAUUAUUACAAGAACGGCCAUUUCAAAUUACAGAAUACAGCUAAAAAUGUCAUUAAAAACGUGAACUUGGCUUCAGAGAUAUCGUUACCUAUAGACAACACAUAUGAAUCUAAGUCUCCUACCCCUGUAUUUAGUCCUUCAAAAUCGGAGUGCUCCUUCGAAUUAUCCAGUGAUUAUGAUGCUAAAUUAGAAGAGAUGGUGAACAAGACAUCUCGGCAAGAAGUCAUGGAGAUUAUACUUGGUAGCGUUAUAAGUCAGGAUGAGAACCCUUCGAUAGAUUAUUGUACGGAAUCUAACAUUGAUAAUGAGUUGCACUUGAAGAGGAAAUUGGAGACAGAACCUGCUGAGAACAACAACAGGCAUGUUUUGAAGAAGAUGAGAAAAAUGAGCGACUCCGAUCAGAUCUCAUCGACAACGGAAGAAAGCGAAGAGGUUUCGAACAACAAUAGGGUCCCCCCGACGAGGUCUAAAUACUUGGGUAGGGCGAGACGGGUUGGCUUGCCCAGACCCAGGAGAAAUACUAAUAAUUUGCCAAACAGUCCGUCAAGCGAUAAAUCAGUGGAAAACUACGAACAGAAUACUCAAGCAACUCCACAAACUCCAAAUGGCAAGCUCAAGUCCGUCACGCGAACGAAAGUACAAAGGUACGAUACAUCUGACCUGUACAAGCCUAAACUUCAUUAUUUGUCCAGAAGGAAUAACAUCACUUAAGUAAAGAAAUAUUUGUUUUACUGUCUAUCCGAAGCUGAAAUGUGACCACUUGCUUACCGCUAAAAUAACUGAUAUCAAUCCAAAAUUAAGAAUAGAAGUUAUGUUAAAAAUCCAAAUCAAUCCAAUGAUUUUGGAUUGAAUACUGUGCCCUUAGUAUUCGCUCUGCGGGC